AUGACGACUCGCUUCUCGCACCUCCGAUUCCUCGCCGCCGCCGUCAUCCUGACCUGCGCCACUUGGCUGCUGUUGCACCAACCAUCGCCCGACGCCCUUCUGCCCUCCGAGUAUUCGUUGCAGAAGCCUCAAUCGCCGCAUCCCAUCAAGAGCCUCAUAGCGCAGGGACAGGCCGAGUGGAAGAAGCUUUUGGACAAGGAGACGUCCCAUAUCGGCGCAGCUGCCAGUGCCUAUCGCAAGCGCCGAGGCAGGCAUCCGCCGCCAGGCUUUGACGCGUGGUUCGACUUUGCGCGCAACAGGAGCGCCGUCAUUGUUGAGGAUUUCUUCGAUCAGAUUUACCAUGAUCUCGAGCCCUUUUGGGGCGCGUCGCCGGCCAUCAUGCGCGCCCACAUGAAGGCCAUGGAGCAGGUCAUAAGCGUGCGUGAUGGGACCGUCUCAAUCAAGACUGACAAAGAGCGCGUGUGGAUGGACCUGUGGGGAAGCCUCACGCAAGAGAUAGCACACCUGCUGCCGGACCUGGACAUGGGCAUCAACGUCAUGGACGAGAGCAGGGUCAUGGUGCCCUGGGAGGUUGUCAACGAGCACAUGGAAAAGGCGCGGCAGACGCGUGGAUCCUUCCCCAAUGCCACGGACGUCGAGUCAGCCUACGAGAGCCUGCCGGCGCUGGAGCAAAACGCCCUCGUGCCCAUGGACCCGGGCUUCAAGGCCGGCAAGCCGUACUGGGACUUUGUGCGCGCCGGCUGUCCCCCGAACACGCCAGGCCGCAAGGCCGCCGCCGUCACCGACUUCAGCGGCUUGCCGCCGCUGCCUGUCGAGGCCUCGCCGCAGUCGCACAUGGGCUUCGUCUCCAACUGGACGUGGGCGCGGGACCCGUGCGGCCAGCCCGAGCUGCGCGAGCUGCACGGUAACUUUGUCGAGCCUAUCUCGAUCUCGACAUCUACUCGCCUGCUGCCCAUGUUCAGCGGCUCAAAGCUGCCCAUGAACAACGACAUCCUGCUUCCCCCCGCCAUGUACUGGACGCACGAUCCGUUCUACUCCGGCGGCGACGAGCAGGGCCCGCCCUGGGAUCAGAAGUCUGACAGCUUGAUCUGGCGGGGCGACGCGUCGGGGGGCCGCAACCGGGAGAGCAACUGGCGGCGCUUCCACCGGCACCGCUUGCUCAGCAUGUUGAACGGGAGCACUGUCGCGGCCGCCGAAACCCCCGACAGCAUCAGCAGCAACGAUGACGACGCCGCUACUGCGCCGCAGAACUUCGCGUUGCCCGUGCCCUCGGCCUAUCCGCAGGCGCAGCGCCUCGCGACGGGGACGCUGGGGCCGUGGCUCUCGAGCUUCGCGGAUGCACGCUUCAUCAGCCUGAUCUGCUUCCCCACAAUCCCAUCCGUGCACUGCAACUACACGGAGCCGUAUUUUGCGCCGGCGGCGUCGGUGCCCAUGCAGCAGCAGUACCAGGCCAAAUACCUGCCGGAUGUGGACGGCAACAGCUUCAGCGGGCGGUACCGCAGCUUCCUACGGUCGACGUCGGUGCCGCUGAAGGCAACCAUCUACUCGGAAUGGCAUGACAGCCGGCUGGUGCCGUGGGCGCACUUUGUGCCGCUGCACAACUCGUUCGUCGACGUGUACGGGGUGCUGGAGUUUUUCGUUGGGGCGCAGGUGGGCCGCGGCCGCGACGACUUGGCCAAACGCAUUGCGGACGACGGGCGCGAAUGGGCGGACAAGGUCCUCAGGCACGACGACAUGCUCAUCUACGUCUAUCGCCUGCUGCUCGAGUGGGCCAGAGUCAUGGACGAGAGACGCGACGCGCUGGGCUGGGUGCGCGAUCUCGUCGAGGCGGAGAACCUGGCCGCCCAGCUGGGCCAUCUGCACUAA